AUGUUGCUCAAACGUGCCUCGCAUAAAAUAAAAGGCAGGCGCCCACCCAUAUGUACUGUGUUUCUACUGGGAUUGGCUGCACUCUGCUGUGUGGUAUAUCUUCCGCCAGACAGAGACCAGUUUCCUAUAUUUGUGCGUCAGCAUGGAACAAGGCCCGUCAGACCUGAGUACGCCGAGAAUAUACAACACACCGUAGAUAGCGAUAGUGCAAACCUUCAACCCAUAGCCGGUAUCAGUGACCAUAGAGGUCUCAGAGGCGUUAGAAAUAAAGACAAGUUUUUAGACAGUCCUAGUAUCUUCAAAGUGGACAAUUCUGCCCAGUUUGCAGUAGCAAUCUUGAGCGUGCCUCGGAAUGGUAGUAACGUGUACCAUGCGUUGUCGUCCCUAUUUUUGGGGUCCGCAUCGCUCCCACUGAGUUCACCGGUAGAUCUCUUCGUCGGUACCCAACAGGCGGCUGAUGCCUUCUACGCCCCACUGGAGGGCAUGCCACGUGUGCGCGUCCACCCGUGGCAGGAGUCGUUCAGCGCUCAGAUCGGAGCCGUUGGGAAAGCAGAGGCAGACGAGGCUCAGCGUAGGCGUGUGCUCGGCCGAUACAAUUACGGGCGAGCGCUGAGACAUUUCCAGCUACAUGGCCAUAGCAACCAUCGUGGCCUGCUCGUGUUAGAAGACGACGUGCAAGUUGGGCGUGAUGCGAUGAAGCGGCUACAGUACGCUAUCAACAAGAUCGAACAGAAGGGUGGCAGCACAACAUACCUCCUAGAUUGCUAUGUAGUAGAUUUUGCCGAGCUCACUACUUCACGGUUUAGCGAUGCUGUGGAUAUUCGCAUAGGGCAGUUCACAUGCUCACAGUGUCUGUACAUACCACGGUCACUCGUUAAGAGCCUAGCGGCAACCAUCGGCCACCCUGACUGGGCGUCUAUGGCCUAUGAUUUGCGCAUUGAUCGCUUCGCCCACGAGAAGGAUGUCACCGUGUAUGCCAUGCGCAAGUCCAUUGUGCAGCACCUGGGCCGAACCACCACGGGGCUCUCGGGAUGGGGCUACCACACCUCCAAUCGCUAUGAAUAGCACGGGUUGGUGCAGAUCAUCGACUUCUUCUAUCGCUAUGGAUAGCCAUCGCACGGGGUAGUUAAAAUAGGCGGCUUCUCCUAUAUCGCCAUGGAUAGCACGCAUGUAAUGCUGCGAGUAGAGGCUGUACAGC